CGCCACACCGUGCAGUCAGGCGGGGCCGCGGGCAGCACAGCACCGAGUAUCCGCUGGCUCUUCACCUGCCUAUCUGCGCCACACGGUAUCCUUAGGCUGACCAUGGUAUCCACCGACAGCACCCAGCACCAAAACGGCCACAUUAUGGGCAAAGAGGAGAUGUCUGCCCAGACCGCGGGCCACGAGCUGGCCGCCAGCAACGGGGAUAUCCAGCUAUGUGUGGCCCCCAGGAGCCCAGAGACGGAGCUGCCGCCUGAUGAGAGGCAAGCCAUGCUGCCUGGCCCCAAGGGGCCACUGGAGACGAAGCUUUACUGCAGGAGGUUUGCCAUCCUGGGGGUGUUCAGCCUGUACUCCCUGGUCAAUGCCUUCCAGUGGAUCCAGUACAGCAUCAUCAGCAACAUCUUCACGUACUUCUACGGGCUCAGCACGGAUAAGAUAGACUGGCUGUCAAUGGUCUACAUGGUGGCCUACGUGCCCCUGAUCUUCCCUGCCACCUGGCUCCUGGACAAAAAGGGGCUCCGGGUCACUGCGCUGCUGGGCUCGGGGCUCAACUGCCUGGGGGCCUGGAUUAAAUGUGCCAGUGUCAGGCCGGAUCUGUUUGGGGUGACCAUGCUGGCUCAGACGGUGUGCUCGGUGGCUCAGGUGUUUAUCCUGGGUUUGCCCUCCAGGGUGGCAUCUGUGUGGUUUGGACCAAAGGAGGUGUCUACUGCCUGUGCCACCGCGGUGCUGGGCAAUCAGUUGGGUACGGCUAUCGGCUUCCUCCUGCCGCCUGUGCUGGUCCCAAAGACGGACAACGAUACGGAUCUGACCGGACAUAACAUCAGCAUCAUGUUCUACGGUACGGCUGCCGUGUCCACGCUGCUGUUCAUCCUGACCGUAGCAGUUUUCAAAGAGAAACCAAAGAUCCCUCCCAGUCAGUCUCAAGCCUUCAAGGAUAGCCCUUCGGAAGGUUCCUCGUACAAAGUCUCCAUCGUUAAUCUGUUUAAGAACGUGCCGUUUGUACUCCUGCUCAUCAGUUACGGCAUUAUGACCGGAUCCUUCUAUUCCGUAUCCACGCUGCUAAACCAGAUGAUUACCUUUCAUUACGAGGGAGAAGAGGUGAAUGCAGGGAGGAUCGGAUUGACUUUAGUGGUUGCUGGAAUGGUGGGGUCCAUUAUAUGCGGUCUGUGGCUCGAUUACUCUAAAACAUACAAGCAGACCACGUUGGCCGUUUACGUCUUAUCCUUUGUGGGGAUGCUCGUCUUCACCUUCACCCUGGAUCUCGGAAACCUUAUUGUCGUGUUUGUGACUGGCGGAGUUCUUGGGUUCUUUAUGACCGGAUACCUCCCUCUCGGGUUUGAGUUUGCGGUGGAGAUCACAUAUCCGGAAUUGGAAGGUACUUCAUCGGGGCUGCUGAAUGCGUCGGCGCAGAUAUUUGGGAUUUUCUUCACUUUGGCUCAGGGGAAGCUGACGACCGACUACAAUCCUCGUGCCGGCAACAUCUUUCUGUGCGUGUGGAUGUUCCUAGGAAUCAUUUUAACAGCUCUCAUCAAAUCUGAUUUGAAGAGACACAAUAUAAAUUUGGGAAUAGCAAAGUCAGAAGCUAAGUCUGUACCGGCCGCAGGUCCAACGGAGCCGAGCGCCAUCAUCUCUACUGCACAAUCCUCCUCCGCUGUGUAGAUGCCCUGCGUGUCUUCUCCUAAAACACGAUACCACCGGAUGGACUUCUCAAGGAUCUAUUUAUUGGACGCACUAUUUAUCGGAUCACUCCUUGCGAUGGAAACGCAGCACACUACCGCUUACCGAGACGCG